GUUACAUUUCACAAUCCUAAAUCGCUUGACAGGGCGAUCGUCUAAAAUCAGUCCUCUUUCGUACGUUGUUAAAGGUGGAGCGCUACAAAGCCCAUCUACGUAUAUUCACCACUCACAUUCCAAAAUGUUGAAGAUCGCUAUCGUAUUAUCGGUAUUUGCCUGCGCGCUAGCCGCACCCAAACCUGCAGGGCUGCAACCACUUUUGGAUGGACGUAUUGUCGGCGGUGCUGCGACCACAAUUAGCUCUUUCCCAUGGCAAAUAUCUUUACAGCGAUCCGGCUCACAUUCAUGUGGUGGCUCCGUUUACAGCGAAAAUAUCAUUGUGACGGCUGCACAUUGUCUUUCUGAUAAUCCAUCACUUACUACACUGAGGGUACGUGCCGGUUCGUCUUACUGGAAUUCUGGCGGUAAACUUUCUGAGAUUGCCGCAUUCAAGGUCCACGAACUGUACGGUUCAAAUGGCAUGGCCCACGAUAUUGCUUUAAUACGUUUAGCCAGUCCACUUACGUUUAGCUCGACCAUUAAACCAAUUGCUUUGGCUGAGACAGCACCAGCAGAUGAUGUCGUAGCGGUUGUGUCCGGUUGGGGUACUAAACUUUCUGGUUCACAGACGUUACCCACGCAAUUACAGUAUGUGAAUUUGGAAGUUGUCAGUUUGGAAAAGUGUGCCUCGAGUAUUUAUGGCUAUGGUAGUCAAAAUGUUUUAGAAACUAUGAUCUGUGCCUAUACUGUGGGCAAAGAUGCAUGUCAAGGAGAUUCUGGUGGUCCAAUGGUUGCGGGUGGCGUGCUGGUCGGAGUUGUAUCGUGGGGUUACGGUUGCGCUUACCCCAAUUAUCCGGGUGUAUACUCAGAUGUGGCUUCCCUGCGCGUAUGGAUAGAAAACACUGCUGUAACUAUUUAAGUUCUCUGAUGUAGAUAUUUGUGUCUUAGCUGUUUUGUAAUUCUUCACAGUUUAAUAACAUAAUAAUUACAAUAGAAGCGAUCCCUAAUUUAGUACAAUAUUAAAAAUCAAAGCGUUGUUUUGCAUUUUGUACACAAAUAAAAAUGUAUUAUUGUUACCGA